AGUCGCGGAGGCGGGGAGGCUGCGCGGUCAGAGGCGCCUGGAGCGAGCGAAUCCUGGCCCACCGCCUGCCCAACCGCGUGACCUUGAUUGAGUUAAUGAACUUCACGCCUCAGCGUCCAGGUCUGUAAAAUGGAGUAUCUAACGCAGACCGUACAGCCCAGCUGGGUUUAGCAAACUUCCGGGAGCCAGUUGGAGCCUCUCCCCGUCCCUAGCGGUGAUCCCAGGUGACGACAUGCCGCGGGGGAUCCUGCGGAGGCCACCCUAGGGCGUUGCUGCUGCCUUUGGGAGUGUGGAGCUCCAAACCAUGUCGCGAGAGGCGGAUUUUGGGAGGCCAGGAUCCUCGCGCCAGGGGAUGUGCGAGGGUGUGGGAUAAAUCUUAAUUCCUCCGGCCCACCCAAAGCCUGGAAAUCCAGCCUCCGCGCCUCUUGCCCUGCGGGCCCCGCCCUCAAUCCCGCCCUCAUCUAACCCGCUACCCCAUUGGUGGCGUCCGGCGGCGCGGCUGCUGUUAUUUUUCGAAUAUAUAAGGAGGUGGAAGUGGCAGCUGCAACUAGAGGCUUCCCAGGCUGGUGCCUGAGCCCCGCGUCCCUCGCCCCCCGCCCUCCCCGCAUCCCUCUCCUCCCUCGCGCCUGGCCCUGUGGCUCUUCCUCCCUCCCUUCCUUCCCCCCCUCCCCCUCGCCCGCUGCCUCCCUCGGCCCAGCCAGCUGUGCCGGCGUUUGUUGGCUGCCCUGCCCCCGGCCCUCCAGCCAGCCUUCUGCCGGCCCCGCCGCGAUGGAGGUGCCCCAGCCGGAGCCCGCGCCAGGCUCGGCUCUCAGUCCAGCAGGCGUGUGCGGUGGCGCCCAGCGUCCGGGCCACCUCCCGGGCCUCCUGCUGGGAUCUCAUGGCCUCCUGGGGUCCCCGGUGCGGGCGGCCGCUUCCUCGCCGGUCACCACCCUCACACAGACCAUGAACGACCUCGCCGGGCUCGGCAGCGAAACCCCAAAGAGUCAGGUAGGGACCCUGCUCUUCCGCAGCCGCAGCCGCCUGACGCACCUAUCCCUGUCUCGACGGGCAUCCGAAUCCUCCCUGUCGUCUGAAUCCUCCGAAUCUUCUGAUGCAGGUCUCUGCAUGGAUUCCCCCAGCCCUAUGGACCCCCACAUGGCGGAGCAGACGUUUGAACAGGCCAUCCAGGCAGCCAGCCGGAUCAUUCGAAACGAGCAGUUUGCCAUCAGACGCUUCCAGUCUAUGCCGGUGAGGCUGCUGGGCCACAGCCCCGUGCUUCGGAACAUCACCAACUCCCAGGCGCCCGACGGCCAGAGGAAGAGCGAGGCGGGCAGUGGAGCUGCCAGCAGCUCUGGGGAAGACAAGGAGAAUGUGCGCUUCUGGAAGGCCGGGGUGGGAGCUCUCCGGGGAGAGGAGGGGGCAUGCUGGGGUGGUUCCCUGGCAUGUGAGGACCCUCCUCUCCCAUCUUGGCUGCAGGAUGGAUUUGUCUUCAAGAUGCCAUGGAAGCCCACACAUCCCAGCUCCACCCAUGCUCUGGCAGAGUGGGCCAGCCGCAGGGAAGCCUUUGCCCAGAGACCCAGCUCAGCCCCCGACCUGAUGUGUCUCAGUCCUGACCGGAAGAUGGAAGUGGAGGAGCUCAGCCCCCUGGCCCUAGGUCGCUUCUCUCUGACCCCUGCAGAGGGGGAUACUGAGGAAGAUGAUGGAUUUGUGGACAUCCUAGAGAGUGACUUAAAGGAUGAUGAUGCAGUUCCCCCAGGCAUGGAGAGUCUCAUUAGUGCCCCACUGGUCAAGACCUUGGAAAAGGAAGAGGAAAAGGACCUCGUCAUGUACAGCAAGUGCCAGCGGCUCUUCCGCUCUCCGUCCAUGCCCUGCAGCGUGAUCCGGCCCAUCCUCAAGAGGCUGGAGCGGCCCCAGGACAGGGACACGCCCGUGCAGAAUAAGCGGAGGCGGAGCGUGACCCCUCCUGAGGAGCAGCAGGAGGCUGAGGAACCUAAAGCCCGCGUCCUCCGCUCAAAAUCACUGUGUCACGAUGAGAUCGAGAACCUCCUGGACAGUGACCACCGAGAGCUGAUUGGAGAUUACUCUAAGGCCUUCCUCCUACAGACAGUAGAUGGAAAGCACCAAGACCUCAAGUACAUCUCACCAGAAACGAUGGUGGCCCUGUUGACGGGCAAGUUCAGCAACAUCGUGGAUAAGUUUGUGAUUGUAGACUGCAGAUACCCCUAUGAAUAUGAAGGCGGGCACAUCAAGACUGCGGUGAACUUGCCCCUGGAACGCGACGCCGAGAGCUUCCUGCUGAAGAGCCCCAUCACAGCCUGUAGCCUGGACAAGAGAGUCAUCCUCAUUUUCCACUGUGAAUUCUCAUCUGAGCGUGGGCCCCGCAUGUGCCGUUUCAUCAGGGAACGAGACCGUGCUGUCAACGACUACCCCAGCCUCUACUACCCCGAGAUGUAUAUCCUGAAAGGCGGCUACAAGGAGUUCUUCCCUCAGCACCCGAACUUCUGUGAACCCCAGGACUACCGGCCCAUGAACCACGAGGCCUUCAAGGAUGAGCUAAAGACCUUCCGCCUCAAGACUCGCAGCUGGGCUGGGGAGCGGAGCCGGCGGGAGCUCUGUAGCCGGCUGCAGGACCAGUGAGGGGCCUGCGUCAGUCCUGCUACCUCCCUUGCCUUUCGAGGCCUGAAGCCAGCUGCCCUAUGGGCCUGCCGGGCUGAGGGCCUGCUGGAGGCCUCAGGUGCUGUCCAUGGGAAAGAUAGUGUGGGUGUCCUGCCUGUCUGCCCCAGCCCAGAUUCCCCUGUGUCAUCCCAUCGUUUUCCAUAUCCUGGUGCCCCCACCCCUGGAAGAGCCCAGUCUGUUGAGUUAGUUAAGUUGGGUUAAUACCAGCUUAAAGGCAGUAUUUUGUGUCCUCCAGGAGCUUCUUGUUUCCUUGUUAGGGUUAACCCUUCAUCUUCCUGUGUCCUGAAAUGCUCCUUUGUGUGUGUGUCAGCUGAGGCUGGGGGAGAGCCAUGGUCCCUGAGGAUGGGUCAGAGCUAAACUCCUUCCUGGCCUGAGAGUCAGCUCUCUGCCCUGUGUACUUCCCGGGCCAGGGCUGCCCCUAAUCUCUGUAGGACCCGUGGUAUGUCUGCCAUGUUGCCCCUUUCUCUUUUCCCCUUUCCUGUCCCACCAUACGAGCACCUCCAGCCUGAACAGAAGCUCUUACUCUUUCCUAUUUCAGUGUUACCUGUGUGCUUGGUCUGUUUGACUUUACGCCCAUCUCAGGACACUUCCGUAGACUGUUUAGGUUCCCCUGUCAAAUAUCAGUUACCCACUCGGUCCCAGUUUUGUUGCCCCAGAAAGGGAUGUUAUUAUCCUUGGGGGCUCCCAGGGCUAGGGCUAAGGCCUGAAUCAUGAGCCUGCUGGAAGCCCAGCCCCUACUGCUGUGAACCCUGGGGCCUGACUGGUCAGAACUUGCUGCUGUCUUGUUGCGGAUGGAUGGAAGGUUGGAUGGAUGGGUGGAUGGCCGUGGAUGGCCGUGGAUGCACAGUGCCUUGCACACCCAAACCAGGUGGGAGCGUUUUGUUGAGCAUGACAGCCUGCAGCAGGAAUAUAUGUGUGUCUAUUUGUGUGGACAAAAAUAUUUACACUUAGGGUUUGGAACUAUUCAAGAGGAAAUGUCACAGAAGCAGCUAAACCAAGGACUGAGCACCCUCUGGAUUCUGAAUCUCAAGAUGGGGGCAGGGCUGUGCUUGAAGGCCCUGCUGAGUCAUCUGUUAGGGCCUUGGUUCAAUAAAGCACUGAGCAAGUUGAGAAA